AUGAUCUGGGAUGAUGUGGGGAGGCAAAUUCAAAGGGAGGACAAGGACAAUCGCCCAAGUACUCUAACUACAAAAAGCCCAUCCAUCGUCUGGAAUUCCUCCGACUGCUGCAGCACCAGCCAAAAUGAAGCAGUUCAGGCAGUCUACAGCAUCAUCCCUUCUUCCCCUUCUGAUAUGGCUUUGUAUGUUAUCUGGAUUAAAUGGUAUCUAGCUAAUUCAUUCAGAAAUGUUGCAGUUGCAGAACAUGCAGAAGGGGCUGUAGUCACGUUCUAUUUUCUCAACCUAUGUCCAUUUACAAUAUGGCCGGCUACUGCCCCAAAUGCAGGCCAAGCAGUGAUAGCUGAUGGUGGGUUCAGCUUAAAGACAGGCAAGUCAAAGCGCGUCCAAGCACCAGACACAUGGAGUGGCCGGUUCUGGGCAAGAACAGAGUGUGACUUCACUUCUAAGCCAGCCUGCCAAACUGGUGACUGCCAGGGACGAUUUGCUUGCAAUGGGACCAUUGGCAUGCCACCAGCUACACUUGUGGAGGUUUCCUUGCUACCAACAAGUAAAAGCAAUUUGAAUUUCUAUGAUGUUAGCUUGGUUGAUGGAUACAAUCUCCCUGUAUCUGUCUCCGCCGUGAAUGCAAAAUCUAACUGUUUUGUUGAAGGAUGUUUGAAGAACAUCAAUAGUGUUUGCCCAGUGGAGCUACAGGUAUUGAAUGAUGGUGGAACGGUGGUGGCUUGCAAAAGUGCAUGUUUGGCUUUCAAUCUGGAUACAUUCUGUUGUAGAAAUGCUUAUGGGAGCCCAGAGAAGUGCCAACCGAAUAUGUAUUCGAAGAUGUUCAAGGAUGCUUGUCCCUCAUAUUCCAGUUAUGCUUUUGAUAAACCCUCACCAGUGGUGAGCUGCACCUCCAAAGAGUAUAUCAUAACCUUUUGUCCUUCUCCUCCUGCUUUGGGUGACCAUGUUCAUGCUCAUGUUGAUGAAUGAGUUGCAG